GUUUCCUCCCUGUUUCUUCUCCCACCGAUGUCAUUACUACAAUAAUCAUACUAUAUUAUAAGCUUACAAUUAUCAUACAUAUGCAAAGCUAGUUUUGUCUGAAUUCAACUCCAAAGAUUCAGACAGAGAGAGAGAUGGGGAAAACAGGAAGAUGGCUAAGAAACAUCUUGACUACCAAGAAAGAAAAGGCAAAAGAGAGAGAAAUCGACCAAAUCUCAGGCACCGACCACCGCCCCUCCUCUCCCAUCUCCACCACCACCCCUAAAGAGAAGCGCCGCUGGAGCUUCCGCCGCUCCUCCGCCUCCGCCCCGCCCAAGCACCACGAUCCCACCCCCAUCGAAAACGAACCCGCAUUGCCCACCCCGCCCUCCGAUCACAAGGCCGAGGAAGAGGCCGAGGCCGAGGCCGCGACCAAGAUCCAAGCUGUUUUUCGCGGCUAUUUGGCGAGAAAAGCUUUGAAUGCGUUGAGAGGAUUGGUGAAGCUGCAGGCGUUGGUGAGGGGGCAUUUGGUGAGGAAGCAAGCGACGGCGACGCUGCGGUGUAUGCAGGCGCUGGUGGCCGUGCAGACCAGAGCCAGAGCCCAGAGGCUGAAGAUGGCUGCUCAAGAUUCCCAAUUUCUUGAUCAAACCAAUUACACUCAUAGAAAAUCUACCCAUGAAAAUAUGUUUAGGAAUUCCAAUUAUCAAGAUUUCGGGCUGGAAGAGAACGUGAAGAUCGUGGAGAUGGAUCAAGGCGACUACAAGCCCGCGACAAGAGCCCGGAACAGCUACUCAAACCACACGUGGAGCAAGCAAGAUCAUCACGAAUCAGACAUAACAAGCUCGUUGGGGACGGCAGAGAGCAGCCCCCUGCAGUGCUACUCUGCCGUCCUGUCCAAGGCCGAGGAGGCCCGCCUCCCGUUCUCAUACCCGAGGUCAGAGUACGCAGAGUCCCUCUGCAACGACUGCCCCGGCUACAUGGCCAACACGCAGUCGUCCAGGGCUAAAGUGCGGUCCCACAGCGCCCCCAGGCAGAGGCCCCCUGAGGGGGCCCCUGUGCUGGAGAGCAGGCGGCGCCCCUCCAUAGAGGGGCGCAACGUGCCUAGGGCGGUCAGGAUGCAGAGGUCGUCGUCGCACGUGGCUCACUAUCCUUGGUCAGUGAAGCUUGAUAGAUCAUCAGUUUCACUCAAGGAUAGUGAGUGUGGAUCAUCCAGCACUGUGCUUACUAACACCAACUAUUGUAGAUCAUUGGUUGGAUUUGAGGUGCAUGGAGGUAGGUAUUGAGCUGAGAGAAAAUCUGAGGAGGAGAAAGCAUGGGAGUUGGAAUGGAUCUUGUAAUGAUUUUGGUUAAUUUGUUCUUGGUUUCAAGAUCAGAAAGGUGGGAUCAUUUCAAUUCCAGUGUAACAGUUUGCUUAAUUUAUUUAUAUUUUUUAAUGUGAAGAAGUUAUUGUAUCUUUCUACUUGUUAUUACUAUUGUUUUUUAUGGGUACAUUUGCUACCCAGAAUCAAUAUUAAAAUAUUCUAUA